UUAAAAUAAAUAAAUAUUCAAAGACUUCCUGCUUCUGAAAACAUGUCGGACAACAUACAAAAGGACCCACAAGUUAUCCUCUGUGAAAUGUGUACAGAGGAGGACAGGAAACCAGCACGGAAGACCUGCAUGAAAUGUGAGAUCUCCAUGUGUGUCCAGCACCUCCAGGCCCACCUGACCACUCCUGUGUUACUACAAACCCAUCCUCUGACUGAACCCAUGUCUGCAUGUGGGACCACUAAAUGUCCCCAACAUGGAAAACUCCUGGAGUACUACUGCUUGGAUGACAUGACCUGUGUGUGUGUUUCGUGUGCCAUCGAAGACCAGCACCGCCUACACAAUAUGAAGACCUUCUCCACGGCCCACAAAGAGCUCAUGGAAAAGCUCAAUGCUGAGCAGCAGGCCUUACUGGUGAAAACUGAUGAUGAGAAUGUGAGUCUAGAAAAGUGGGAGAAGAGUGAAAGAGAGAAGCUGGGUCACUCCAGUGUGCGUCUCAUAGAGGCUGUGACUAAACUGCGUGACAUGGCCCUGACCAGUGUCCAGAGUUCAGUCUCUGCUCGUAUGACGUCCUUAAAAACCAGCAAGAACAGCAUGCAAGCAGCACAGAACGAGAAGGACGCCUACAGGUUCCUGCAGAUGUAUUCUCAGGUGCGUCAGGAUGUGGAGAAGGCCAAAGCUGUGAAUCUGAGGAAAGGGUUAGAGCCUGGCACUGAUCGUGACAAACUGGUUAAGGAGAUGAGAGAGAAUGGUGAAAAGAUGGUGAAGCAAGCAGAUGACUUAUGGGGAUCCCUGUUGACUCUGGUUGACCCAGAGAACCACCAGGAGCUUCUGCCUACUACUUCCAGGCAGAUGUUUGAACCAAAGAAUUUGAGCCCUGCCAUGUCACUGUCCAAAGACAAAAGGAUGGUUUUCUACAAUAGUUGGCUUGGACAAUGUUCUGCCACUCUUCUAAUCAGUAGUACCCAGUCAGUUCAUAGCCUUUCAGCCCGUUCUCCUAACAUUCAGAGGUGGGCGAUCAGCCUUUCCAGAGACUAUGACUGGACCAUUGGUUUAUGUGACAAAGACUCUGUAAAUAAUAUAAUGGGCGGAACUGUUUAUGGCCUCUGCUGCAAAGAUAACAAGCUCAGCUCUCUCAUGAAAGAUUAUCAAGAGUUUGGGCAGCAGAAAACAGUUUUGUCUGCAUUAGUUUCACGUCAGGAUGAAGAUGAAGCACAGCCUGAAAUGGUGGAAGUGUUUUGGAACGUUGUUGCUUCCUCACUCUCCUUCUUCAGCAGAUGCAGACAGCACCAGAGCAAAGAAAUAAUCACAAUUAAGAUGAGCCUAGACACCUUGAACUUGGUCCCCUUUGUUCAACUAGUGGAAAGAAGUCAAAAUAUGUCCCAGCCACAACUGCAACUGCAGAAAGCCUAUGACAGGUCUGACUCUCAGCCCAACAGGAUGUACUCGUAUGUAGUCGUCCAUUGCUCUUACCAGGAUAAUUGUUGCUGUGAAGCAUGUAUUAACAGCGUAUACAGCACAGAGGUGGUUUGUGAGCUUCAGUAAUUGGUGGGACAUCACUGAUGAUUGCUAAUCAUUAUACAAAGCUAAGAAGUGCAUGGCUAUAAAUAUCUACAGUAAUAAUGUCUAUUUGCUGUCCCGGGAAUUUUAUAAAUCUUAAUGAUUAGUGUUAAGUUGCAGUAAAACGAAUAAAUAGUGCAGUCAGGGCAAAGAUCUCACUCAUAACAUAUUCAAAGUAUAUUUAAAGUAAGUCUUUUAAGAAAAGUGAAGCAAAUCCAAAGAUGCAAAUGUCAUGAAAUCAACAUCUCAUGAAUAAAUUCUCACACCCAUGGGUGUUGAUCAUUUCUAAUGUGGGAGGUAAAACUUACCUGAUAACGUAACUUAACUAAACCAAACCAAAACAAACAUAAAGGCUGCAGGCAAAUUUAAACUCCACCCCCCAAAGUUUAGUAGAAAUCGAAACUGUUGUGCAGUGUAGCUGUGGCAGAGCAUUCAGACCAGAAACAGGCAAACAACUAAAUUCAAAACAAACAAAAAUCAACUUUCAUUUUAAUUUUUUUGUAAAAACAGACUCAACAAAGAUCAACAAGGAGGAUCCUGAGGACUUUGUUCAACAUUCAGUAACAUUCAAGGAAAUAUAUUCAAGGACUUCCUGCUUCUGACAACAUGUCGGACAACAUACAAAAGGAUCCACAAGUUAUCCUCUGCGACAUGUGUACAGAGGAGGACAGGAAACCAGCACAGAAGACCUGCAUGAAAUGUGAGAUCUCCAUGUGUGUCCAGCACCUCCAGGCCCACCUGACCACUCCUGUGUUACUACAAACCCAUCCUCUGACUGAUCCCAUGUCUGCAUGUGGGACCACUAAAUGUCUCCAACAUGGAAAACUCCUGGAGUACUACUGCUUGGAUGACAUGACCUGUGUUUGUGUUUCGUGUGCCAUCGAAGACCAGCACCGCCUACACAAUAUGAAGACCUUCUCCACGGCCCACAAAGAGCUCCUGGAAAAGCUCAAUGCUGAGCAGCAGGCCUUACUGGUGAAAACUGAUGAUGAGAAUGUGAGUCUAGAAAAGUGGGAGAAGAGUGAAAGAGAGAAGCUGGGUCGCUCCAGUGUGCGUCUCAUAGAGGCUGUGACUAAACUGCGUGACAUGGCCCUGACCAGUGUCCAGAGUUCAGUCUCUGCUCGUAUGACGUCCUUAAAAACCAGCAAGAACAGCAUGCAAGCAGCACAGAACGAGAAGGACACCUACAGGUUCCUGCAAAUGUAUUCUCAGGUGCGUCAGGAUGUGGAGAAGGCCAAAGCUGUGGAUCUGAGGAAAGGGUUAGAGCCUGGCGCUGAUCGUGACAGACUGGUUAAGGAGAUGAGAGAGAGUGGUGAAAAGAUGGUGAAGCAAGCAGACGACUUAUGGGGAUCCCUGUUGACUCUGGUUGACCCAGAGAACCACCAGGAGCUUCUGCCUACUACUUCAAGGCAGAUGUUUGAACCAAAGAAUCUGAGCCCUGGCAUGUCACUGUCCAAAGACAAAAGGAUGGUUUUCUACAAUAGUUGGAUGGGACAAUGUUCUGCCACUCUUCUAAUCAGUAGUACCCAGUCAGUUCAUAGCCUUUCAACCCGUUCUCCUAACAUUCAGGGGUGGGUGAUCAGCCUUACCAAAGACUAUGACUGGACCAUUGGUUUAUGUGACAAAUCCUCUGUAAAUAACUUAAUGGGCGGACCUGUUUAUGGUCUGUGCUGCAAAGAUAACAAGCUCAGCUCUCUCACGCAUCGAGGAAAGACACAACUCACAAAUGAAGCACAGCCUGAAAUGGUUGAAGUGUUUUGGAACGUUUCUGCUUACUCGCUGUCCUUCUUCAGCAGAACCGGACGGCACCAGAGGGAAGAAAUAAUCACAAUUAAUAUGGGCCUCAACACCUUGGACUUGGUCCCCUUUGUUCAACUAGGAGAGGAAAAAAGUCAAAAUAUUCCCCAUCCACAACAGCAGAAAGCCUUUGUCAAGUACAGCUUUGCCAAGCCCAGCUUUGGCGCGUUCAGCUCUAGCGGGUUCGCCUUUGGCACGUCCGACUCUAGCGGGUCCCCCUUUGGCGGGUCCGCCUUUCAGUCUCCCAUGGGGACAACUUAUGGAGUGGGCCAUUCUCACCAGGCUAAUUGUUGCUGUGAAGCAUGUAUUACCAGGGUAUACAGCACAGAAUUGGUUUGUGAGCUGCAGUAAUUGGUGGGACAUCACUGAUGAUUCCUAAUCAUUGUACAAAGCUAAGAAGUGCAUGGCUACAAAUAUCUACAGUAAUAAUGUCUAUUUGCUGUCACUGGAUGAUUACAAAUAUUAAUGAUUAGUGUUAAGUUGCUGUCAAAUAAAUAGAGUGCAAAUAUCUAGUGUUCAAAAUAUAUAUCACAUACUAUAGGCAAAUGAAUGUCUCUUGCUUCAUUGUAUAACAAUGUUAUUUUGAUUUGACUACUUAUUUCUGCCUCCCAGUUUAAGGUGUAUGUCUCCAUCUACUGGUGGUGGAUGUGUCAUUGCUCUCACAUAUCUUACACUUUGUGGUCUAAUUAAUUCAGUAGGAAUAAUGGAGCAAGGAAUUUAUGUCUGUCAUAUCGUAUAUACAUUGUGAAUGAUCUGAUCAACAAUAAAACCAGAAAAGUUUUAA